AACCGAAUUCAGUAGAAAAUUCGCCGCACAGAAAACAAAAGAGAAAGAUUUACCUGAAUAUCAGAAUGUUCUAGAACGGGAUAAGAAAGAUGAUGAUCCCCCACCUAUACCUUCUUUACCAGUCAGUCCAAGAACUCUAAUAGCGAACGCGUAUUAUGAUAAAUUGUUGUCAGAGCCUGAGAUUCAGCAGGCGUUGCUGCCACACAAUUUGGAGAAAAACCCGGACGAGUGUUUUAAGAAAGCGCUUUUGUUUCCGCUUUUGGAGAUCGAUCCGCCUAAGCAGUGCUUGUUUUUGUUGGUGGAUGCUAUAGAUGAAGGGCUUAAUGGACAACCGCCAGAGCGAGACAGCACGACGGAGUCUCGCACUGUUGCCGCUCUCCUCUCACGCCAUCAGCACCUGUUCCCACAAUGGCUGCUACUCGUAUGCUGCGCCAGACGACAGAGCAAGAGUCUCACUAAGAUGUUCACAGGGUUCAGGAAGAUAACCCUGGACGAACUUCAGCGCGCACACGUGUCGGCCGAUGUUCAGAGAUACGUUCUAUCUAGACUAGAUACGGAGCCAAGACUCAGAGCACGCGUUUCUCACGACGCGACGGCCGCUGCGGCCGCCGCGGCGGCGCUCGACCAUCUACGAAUCAAGAGCGAUGGUUGCCUUCUGUACUUAGAGAAGGUGUUAGACGGAGUGGCAGAUGGGUUCAUAGCGCUCCGCGAAAUCAAGGAGAUACCGGGGACACUCAACGGGUUAUAUCUAUGGCUGGCUCAGCGGUUGUUCCAUGGACGGCGGUUUACUAAGGUCCGUCUAUUACUGGACGUGCUGUUAGCCGCUCGUUGCGGUGUCACUGAGGAAAUGCUGUACAAAUGUCUACUCACCAAGGAGUACAGUGUUACUAGAGAGGACUUCAACAGGCGCCUACAUUUACUUAGAAGGAUACUAGUAAUGGAGCGUUCAACGGGCUACCUCUCAAUCUUCCAUCACUCAUUCGCCGUGUGGCUCUUGGAUGUUAAACACUGCACGCGGCGCUAUCUUUGCUGCCCUGCUGACGGCCACGCUGCCCUCGCCAUGUAUUAUACUCUACUUGCUAAAAGAUUGAGCGCUCUAGAAAUACAUAACUACGUGUUCCAUAUGACAAGUUUGGAACAACAUAUGGCCUCACAGAAAAAAAAGACUAGUGAUCAAGAAGAAGUGAUAGACCUCCACACGCUAGUACUGUUGUGGGUACUAGAUUCGGGCUGCGACGUGGAGUCUGCGUUGCGAAGGGAAAACGAUACUAUGCGACAGCUUGAGACUAUCGACACUCAGAAAACUGAAAGUAAACCCGAAGAUAAAGAAGGGGAUCCGGAUUCUGAAGGCAAAGAUUCUAUUUCCGAUCCCUCGGCCCUGGAAUCCAUAAUGCCCGAGCUGAUAUCUGGCAACACUGACGCUAGAUGGCCUCACGACAGGAGAGUCCUUCGCGCUCUGCUAGAAUUGAGCCGGUCUGAUUCAGCACCGGGAGAGACUACUGAAGAAGUACCAGAUUUGCUCUCCCUGGACGCCCCUCUGGAAGCGGAAGUUCUAGCCCCCGACGUGGAGUCCGAAGAGCCUAUAGUGAUAGAUCCGAAUGCUGUCUUCGAGCUAGCGAGUAGGGGCGAAGAUGAGGCUCUCACAGCUUUGCUGAAGCGUUGUCCGGAGCUAGCACUAGUAACGGACGCGACGGGCGGCACGGCGUUACACGCGGCGGCGCGCGCCGGGCGAGCCUCUACGUGUUGUGUACUGCUCCGCGCUGGCGCCCGGCCCGACGCGCCGGAUGCCGACGCUUGGAGCGCGCUGAGGGCAGCGGCUUGGGCCGGACACACUGAGGUAGUCGAGGUUCUACUCGAGUUUGGGUGCGACGUAGAUUGCGUCGAUGCUGAUAACAGGACGGCGUUGAGAGCGGCCGCCUGGUCGGGCCAUGAAUGCGUCGUGUCGCGUCUACUAGCGGCGGGCGCUGAUCCGGACAAGGCGGAUGCUGAAGGUCGCACUCCGCUAAUCGCUGCCGCUUAUAUGGGACACGCGGAUAUAGUCAGGGCGUUAUUAGACGCUGGAGCGAGCGUCGACCACGCUGACGAGGACGAUACGAGCGGCUUUUGCGCGGCUCUACUCUUAGAGAGAGGGGCGGAUGUGUCCCGCUGCGAUCGUGAUAGAGCCACACCGUUACUUGUAGCUGCUUUUGAGGGACAUACUGAAAUCUGCGAGCUGCUUCUAGAACACGAGGCGGACAUAGAAGCGCACGACGUGCUCGGCCGCACGGCGCUGUGGGCCGCCGCGUCCGCGGGGCACGCGCGCGCCACCAGGCUGCUGCUGUUCUGGGGGGCUUGCGUCGACUCCAUGGACAGGGAGGGGCGGACCGUGCUCACUACGGCCGCUGCGCAAGGCAACGUGGAAGUGGUCCGUCAGCUUCUAGACAGAGGCCUAGACGAACACCACAGAGACAACUCCGGUUGGACGCCGCUGCAUUACGCCGCUUUUGAAGGUCACAUAGAAGUAUGCGAAGCAUUACUAGAAGCGGGCGCGAAAGUUGACGAGGCGGACAACGAUGGCAAGGGGGCCCUAAUGCUGGCCGCGCAGGAAGGCCACACGGGGCUGGUCGAAGUGUUACUCGACGACUGGUCGGCGCCGGUCGACCAGCGCGCGCAUGACGGGAAGACCGCGCUCAGACUGGCGGCCCUAGAAGGCCACUUCGACACAGUACGAGCGUUGUACCAACGCGGAGCCGACGCUGACGCAUUAGACGCCGACCGACGGAGCGCUCUAUACGUCCUAGCUUUAGAUAACCGGCUGGCUAUGGCUAGGUUCCUGUUGACUGAAUGCGGGGCAAGGGCAGACACGACGGACCUGGAGGGAAGAACUCCGCUACACGUGUCAGCGUGGCAAGGGCACGUCGAUAUGGUGAACUUACUUAUAAAAGUUGGUGGCGCUGACGUCGACGGGCGCGACAGGUGUGGUCGGACCGCGCUCCACGCGGCCGCGUGGCGCGGGCGCGGCGCGGUGCUGGCGGCGUUGCUUGCACACGGCGCCGACACCGCCGCCGUUUGCACGCAGGGCGCCACUCCGCUAGGUAUCGCCGCUCAAGAGGGGCACGAAGAAUGCGUACUGUGGUUACUUCAGCACGGCGCUGAUCCGUUGCAAGCUGAUCAUUGCGGGCGUACUCCGGCCACGGUGGCGUGGCGCGCGGGGCACGCGCACAUCAGCCGCCUGCUCGAGCGCGCGGCGCCUGCGCACCAGCCCGAACACAACACCAAAGACUCUCCGGAGUACAAACGGCGCAGCACACACAGCAACUCGACGAAAUCUUCCGCCGGCUCCACGAGGGAUCACGACCCUCCGCCAGAUCUCACACACCAUGAAAAGCCAAAUCGAGCGAAUCUAUCGCUCUCUUUCGCGCAGCAGGUCGCGCGUUGCGGCCGCAGCAGAAGAGAGAAAGAGAGGGAAAACGUGAUACCGGAACAUCAUGCGGUCGAAAAGGACUCUAAACUUAGGAGCUACGCAGCUAACGAACGCGAUGCCGAUCUACGCGGCUACGCGUGCGAGCGAGACAGAAGACGCGACGAACGCCACGGCUACCCGUGCGACAGGGACAACAUGAGUCCGCUCUACGCAUCCCCUCCGCGUAGCCCUAUCAGCGAUAUUUGUAGCCCCACACAACCGACACACGGUUCCCAACCUCCAAGCCUGACCGCUCAGCCCGUGUUGACAGACACACACUUCAACCGAGACACACACAUGCGCAUCAUACUCGGACGAGACACGAAACAACCGCAGGAGAGAGACAGCAGUGGAGCUUCGAAGAGUCGUCAGGCGUACAACAGGCUAGUAGGCAGUCUGGGGCGAGCGAGAGGGCGCAUAUUUAAGAAAACUAAGGGAAAGAGGAACGGAAUCGUCACCAAUCCGGCGAUGCGACUUGUUGCGAACGUCAGGAACGGCCUUGACAGUGCUGCCGCCAAUAUCCGUCGCACUGGGGUGGCGCUAGCAGCCAGCGCCAGUUCUGCCAACCCCGCCGUCAAAACCAACGCCUUCCAGUGGAGGAAAGAGACGCCACUAUAAACUAGAGCGAGACAACAGAGCACCUAUUGUAAUGAUGUGCUAACUUUUCAAAAUUGCGAAAUAUUCAAGAUAGGAAGAAUUCCUCGUCCGAUAGGGAGAUAUGGAAGAAGAAAUCUGCGCCGACCUCAAGUAAUUGAGAUAAGGGCAAGCGAAUGAUGAUGAUGGGGAAUAAUCAUCUUCUGGGCGAGCUCACUCCAUCGUAGAGCACGUCUUUGCCUUUGGCUAGUCUGUGGCCAAGAGUAAGCCCAUUUAUAAUAAUAAAAAAAAAAGUUUUUACACUUUCCUUAUUUUUGUGUGGAGAUUAACGGCUCAGCCACGACAUUGGUGUAAGCGCG